UUGAACGACGGUGAUGUCUAUCGCGGGCCGUGGAACGAUCACUCGCCGGUGGGAUACGGACGAUAUUCGUGGGCGAACGGGAACGAAUACGUGGGCGAAUUCCACGACGGCAAGCCGAGCGGGCGAGGAACGUACGAGUGGGCGCACGGCGGGGUGUACAAGGGCAAUUUCGAACACGGUUUGAUGCACGGGGAAGGGACGUAUACGGCGUCGGACGGUGCGAAGUACCACGGGUCUUGGAGACGGGGGAAAAAGCAUGGUUUAGGCAUACAGCAUUUUACCAACGGCGACUGCUACGAGGGACUGUGGAACGAUGGGGUCGGCCACGGACCGGGAACGUACAGAUGGAAGGCGCUCGAAGGCGAAGAAGGACACGACGAGUUCGAUGGUGAGUGGCUUAAUGGGAAAAUGCACGGAUGGGGCACCUUGCGGUGGGGAUCGGGCGAUCGAUACGAUGGUAACUGGUCCGUGGGACAAAUUUCCGGCAGCGGUGUCAUGACUUGGUGCGACGGGUCAUCUUUUAGUGGGCGAUGGAAAUGCGGUAAGAAGGACGGGUCGGGUGCGUUCAUGUUGUCUGGGGGUGAAAGUUCUAGUGUUACUCGAAACAAUAUCAAACUCAGCGUGCAAAUCAACCGAUCAGCGAGGCCCAAGACAAGUUUUGAUGACAGCGAAGGCGAGGAAAUUAUCGCCGCAGAUCUAGGCAACACAUACUUGUUGCUCUGCGAGUGCUCUGAGGAUCAAAUCUUGAAGAAAGAAGUCGUCGAGACCGAUGGUGUGGCCCACAAACAUUCGUUGUGGACGAGUCCGAUGGCGAGUAGAUCACGAAAGGUCCGUAAAGUCCGGCAUGGAGAAACUAUUUACAAAGGUCACGGGAGUUACGACUUGAUGCUACAACUGCGCGUUGGCAUUCGUUGGAGUGUGAGCAGCAUGCAAGAGUUCUCGGACGUCGCUUUGCAAACUUGUAGCUUUGACGUAAGCCUCAAGCAACAGUUUCCUCGCGGUGGCUCUGCGAAAACGCCGCCGCACUUCGCUCGAACGUUCAAGUGGAAAGAAUAUAGACCAGAAGUUUUUCGACAUUUACGUGCGCGUUGGCGAGUAGAUCCCGCACAGUUUAUGCUGUCGCUGUGUGGUGAUCAAGCGCUGAGAGAGCUGUCUUCGCCUGGUAAGUCCGGGAGUGUGUUUUACAUAUCUCACGACGAUCAAUUCAUCAUCAAAACGAUGCGAAAGUCGGAAAUGGUGCGACUCAAGUCUUGGUUGCAUGUGUAUUACCAACACGUUCACGAUUACCCCGAGACGUUAUUGCCAAAGUUUUACGGCUUGUAUAGCAUCAAAGCGGCUGGCACUGCGAGGAAGGUACGGGUGGUUGUCAUGUCGAAUCUCUUCUCCGCCAAGCACCCGAUACACAAGACUUUUGAUCUCAAAGGCUCGACACACGGACGUUUCACGAAGCUGGAAAACGCGACGCCACACACCGUGUUGAAAGACUUGGAUAUUUCUAGAAAAUUCCGCGUUGAAGAAGGGAAACGAGAUAAACUCAUCGAGCAAUUGAACAAAGAUUGUAUAUUUCUGCAGAAAUUACGUGUCAUGGAUUACAGUCUCCUCGUUGGAGUACACUUUGGCUUCGCGCACGGGAUGGAGGAAGUCUCGCCGAGCGAGCAAGCCUCGCUGCGACCGCCACCGGGAACAGACGACCUCAUCGCGCACUCUACUGGAGCAGCAAAGUCCAAGUUGGGCGUCGCUAUGGCCGCAGUCUCCGUGCACGGGCGUAUUUUGACGAAGCAACCUCCAGUUGAGUCCCCUAUCGAAGAGCACACGGAGCCUCAAGACGUCAUUCUAUACCUCGGCAUCAUUGAUAUCUUGCAGGAAUACACGACGUCGAAAAAUUUAGAGACCAAGAUGAUGGGUGUGAUGGGUAAAAAGUCUUUCUCCUCCAUCGAUCCGACGAAUUACGCGAAACGGUUCCUGAACUUCAUGUCUAAUUUGUUU